AUGUGGACGCAAGACUUUGUGCGCGUCCUGCAAGGCGCUCGGAAAGUAGCGAACGAGCUCGCGCGUUCUCAGGGCAGUGAGGUCAGCGCCAAGACGGAGCAGCUGGCCAAGCACGCGACCGAACUCACGCGCGUCAUGCCGCACUUUUUCCAGGCGACUGCCACUGCGCCGCCCAGCGGCGGUCCGUCUACUGCUAGUGGUACUUCAGUGUCUGCACUGCCGGACGUGGUCCACACACACCACGCGCAACGAAACGUGCCGCCAAAGUCCACAGUGGCGCAAACAAAAGUAACGCCAUCGCUUCCGAAACUCCAGCACACGUCCGAAAGACCACCACCCGAUCUGAUUCAUGCACCCGAAACGAAUCAGACGAGUCAGGCGACUCAGGCGACUCAGGCAACUCAGGUGAGUCAAACCAAGCAUCCAUUAAAGAAUCAGACCAAGAAUCAGACGGAUCAGGUGAAGAAUCAGACGAGUCAGGUGAAGAAUCAGACGAGUCAGGUGAAGAAUCAGACGAGUCAGGUGAAGAGUCAGACGAGUCAGGAGAAGAAUCAGGCGAAUCAGGUGAAGAAUCAGACACAUCGUACGGCCACGACGCUUGACAAGGAUGCGGCCGCAACACCAGAGGAGCUACCGCCUCGUCGCGUGUGGGAAGAAAAGCACGUGCCGUCGUCGCCUCUGUCUCGUAUCUUGGGCUUUGGAGGCCUCGCCGCGCGACUCGCCAUGGGCACAGCGGCCGAGAUCGUGCGCACGGGCGGCAAGAACGGCACGUACAAUGCGCUCGUGUCGGACGCCAAUGCCGAGAAACUGGCCGAGACGCUGUGCACGAUGCGCGGCGCGGCCUUGAAGCUCGGACAGAUGCUGAGCAUCCAAGACGAGGCUAUGAUUCCAUCCACGUUGGCCGCAGCGCUGAAUCGUGUGCGGGAAAAUGCUCAUGUGAUGCCCAAGGAUCAGCUGCAUCGUCAGCUUGAAGAGGAGCUAGGAGAAGACUGGCGGAGUAAGUUCCAAGAGUUUGACGACGUGCCGAUUGCUGCGGCGUCGAUUGGACAGGUGCACCGAGCGACGCUGUUGAACGGUGACCGCGUAGCAAUCAAGAUCCAGUACCCAGGUGUCGCGCAGUCGAUUGGCAGUGAUCUCUUGAACCUGAAGCGGUUGGUGACGUACACGAAUAUAUUGCCACGUGGCCUGUACAUUGACGAGAUCAUCCGUGUCGGUGAAGAAGAGCUCACGGCCGAGUGCGACUACAUUCAAGAAGCAACGAACCAGGAACGAUUCAAGGAGCUGAUUCAUCAGAGCGGCAUGGACGGACAGUUUAUUGUGCCGCGCGUGUACCGGGAAGUGUCGACGGCGCGUAUCUUGACGACGCAACUGAUCUCGGGCGUCGCGGUGGACAAGGCUGUGCAUCUGUCGCAGGAUGUGCGCAACAGCAUUGGCCGUCGUCUCCUUGAGCUUACGAUCCACGAGCUGUUCAACUGGCGAUUCAUGCAGACGGACCCGAACUGGAGCAACUUCAUGUACAACGCAUCCACUGACACGAUCGGACUUGUGGACUUUGGUGCUGCUCGCGAGUAUCCAAAGUCAUUCGUGGACGACUACUUCAACAUUGUGUGGGCCGCAGCGAACGGAGACGAGAAGACGCUGGUGGACUACUCAGUCAAGAUGCGGUUUCUCACUGGCGACGAGUCGCCUGCGAUGAUGCGUGCCCAUGUUGCAGCAGGCAUGGCAGUGGGCGAGCCUUUCCGGUCGCACGAGCCGUUCGAUUUCGAGAAGAGCAAGCUGACGUCUCGACUGAGCCAGCACACUGAAGUGUUCAUGCACGGCCGCUUGACACCUCCACCGCAAGAAGUAUACUCCCUGCAUCGUAAACUUGCGGGCGCGUUCCUCAUGUGCAUCAAACUGCGUGCCAUUGUACCAUGUCGGGGUGUGCUUGAAGAUGUGCAGCGCCAAUACUACUCGUAG